CAUUUUCAGAUGGCUUUAUCUAAAAUGGAUAUUCCCCGCAGAGCUCAACACUUUUUAGAAUGUGGCAUGGAAGAAUGUGAAAGAAAUUGCGAGUUCUAUUGCAACCCUUGUCAUCAAAGAUUGUGCAAACAAUGCAGAGAUGAACAUUUGAAAAGUCAAGAAAACAAGAACCAUGAGGUAGUCCUUUACCAGCAACGUAAACGACAACAUCCUGUGGAGAAAUGCAAGAUCCACACCACUAAAGAUAUUGACAUGCUCUGUGAAGAAUGCCAAGUUCCAGUAUGUUGCAAAUGUGUCACACAAAGAGAGCAUCGGGGGCAUAUAUUUAAUGAUCUAGAGACAAUUUUUGCAGAAAAAUAUGCAGUCAUACAAGAGGAAAUCUCCAAAAUCCAGGAGUAUUUUCUAUCCACAUCACAAGAUUUACAGAAAGAAAUUAAAAAAGAUUCCUCAGAAAUCACACACAUCAUUGACAACAUUAAAAAAUACAUGAAGACUGAAGGUGAGACCCUGAAAUCUCUGGUUGACACAGUCGUAUCUGACAACAUGAAGCAGCUAGAUCAGAUAGAGCAUUCACUGUUAGAAGAUCUAAAAACCCAAGACAAGACAUUUGAUGAUUACAUCACUUAUCUUAAUAAUCUUGUCAAAGAGCUCCACAGAUGCCUGUCCUCUACAGAAUCCCAGAAAUUAAUAUCUGAGAAGAAGCCAAAGAUCCGAUCCAUACCAGAGACAACAAAACCAGUCACACCAGGAUUUACUGCUGGUCAAUACAGCAAAAGUGAUGUCACCAAAUUACUUGGUAAAAUACAUGUCCCUAACACUCAGACAGAGAAGAGGGAAGUAAGGCCCAUUGAAAGCGUGUACAAUACAACAAUGAAAUAUGAACAGAUGAAAGAGGACAGAAAGAAAUCUGGCAAGAAACAAACUUUGUCUCUAUCGGCCUCUGUCACCACAGUCAGGGAGUUCAAUGUACCAAGUGUUGAAGAUGUGUUCCAUGUAUCACUAGGUCAAUCCGACAGACUCUGGAUCAGUGGCAGGCAUGGUAAUCUUGUCCAAACAGAUCUACAGGGGAAUGAGAUACAGAAGAUAAAAACACAUGAUGAAUAUGUAGGUUUCCACACAGUCACACAAGAUGGGGAUCUGAUCUUUACAGACAGAAGCAAUAAAGUCAUAUAUAGGAUAACACAGGAUAAUAAUAUCACUGAAUUCAUUAAAACUGGAAACUGGGAGCCACUCAGCAUAUAUUCCUCCCACAUCAACGGGGACAUAUUGGUGGGGAUGGUGAAGGAUAGUGAGGCUAAAGUCACCAGGUACAACAAGACAGGAGAAGAACUGCAGAACAUACAGGGGAAUAACAAAAGACAGAGAUUCUAUAAACUAGCAUGCUACAUCACAGAAAACAUCAAUGGAGAUAUCUGUACAUCAGAUUAUGGUAAAGAUGCAGUAGUGGUGGUGAAUAAAUCAGGACAACACAGGUUCUCCUACACCGGUCAUGAUUUAUUCUUCUCUCCAUAUGGAAUCUGUACUGAUGUCCUCGGUCACAUCCUGGUUUGUGAUGAUUACAACGGCACUGUUCACCUCCUUGAUCAGGAUGGUCAGUUCUUGUCUCUAUUACUCACAAGACAACAUGGGCUACGCUGUCCCCGUACUGUAUGUGUUGAUAAUGAGAACAAUCUCUAUGUGGGACAAGGUCACACCAACACACUGACACUGUGCAAGUAUCUCCAGUGAUAAUUACACUCGCACUUUCUAAAGAAAGUUCGGGUAUAUUGUUAUUUACCUGGUCCAUCUGUCCGUCUGUCACACUUUCUUCUUUCUCAAUCUCCUCUUUUAUUUAAAGCUGUAACUAAUUGAUCUUUUGGAAUAUGAUAGGGGGUGUGCGUAGAUGUGCAAUAACCUCUUGGAAUUUUCAAUUUUACCCUGGGGGCAGAAUAAGGGAGAAAAAUGACGUUUUUAAUAAAUAUCUGGUUCAUUGAACUCCUCUUACAUUUUACCGAACAGCCAAGUCAUCUUUUGCGAGAUGAUUUGUGAUGUUCUAUAGAUGUGCAAUAAGGUUUCGGAAUUUUCAUUUUCACACUGGGGUCAAAUGGGGGUUGAAAAACAACGUUUUUUAUCUACAAAAACACCCUGGUUCCCAGAACUCUUCUUACAAAUAUACACAAUGGCCAAAUUUUCUAUUGAAAGAUUAUUGCUGGUGUCCUAUAGAUAUGCAAAAAGGUUUUGGAAAUU